UAGAAAUGAAGAGAAAUUUUUUUAGAAAUCAUAAAACGUGAAUUUUCUCCCGUUUGAAUCUUUCUUUCAUCCGAUCCAUCUCAGAAAUUAUAAAACGUGAGCUUUCUUCCCGUUCCAGCUCUUCCUUUAUCAAAUACAUCUUCUCAGAAAUUAUCUGAUAUUGGAUGACUUUGUUAUUAAAGAAUUAUAUAUUACCGCGGAUUUAUCAUCUUCCAAAGAUUAACAGCACGGGAUAAAGAACAGAUAUUCCAAUCAUUAUCAUCGUUUAACGUCCGCUCUCCAAGCUGGCAUGGGUUAGCCCGUUUCAUAGGAGCUGGCCGUCCAGAAGACUACACCAAACUUGUGUGUGUGUUUUUGCAUGAUUCUUUACGGUUGGGUGUCCUUCCAACACCAACCACCCUGCAGAAAGAUUUGAGUGCAUUUUACGUGGUAGAAUUACUUGAAAAUCAUCAUCAUCAUCAUUUAACGUCCGUUUUCCAUGCUAGCAUGGGUUGGACUAUAAAAUAUUUUCUCUUCACCGAAAUUAAAAAAGUAAAAUGUCUUUUGCUUCGCUGACUGCGAUGUGUACAAGAGGGUUCCGAAUUCUAGUUAAAAUUGGAUUAUAGCAGAGUUUGGAGCGGCUGCAGAUCUUAAGAAAGAUUACAGAUGAUAGGAAUAUAGUGGAGAAAAUUUUUGUUUAGAAUAAAAUAUAAAAAUAUACAGAAACGAAAACAUUGGAGAAAAGAAAAAAAAAAAAAAGGUGACAAGGUGAAAUGAAAAUGACCAUGGAUUGAUUUUCCUGAUGAAAUGUGAAAAGAUAUUGGCAAAACAAUAUAUCACUGUAAUAUCUGUAAAAUGUCAUUCUGUGAAAAAGGUCAACUCAUUCGUGGAGAAGAGAAGCCAUAUCAAUGUGAUAUCUGUAGUAAAUCCUUUUCUCAAACUUGUCACUUAAUCCAACACAGACGCAUUCAUACAGGAGAAAAACCCUAUCGCUGUGAUGUCUGUGGUAAAUCUUUCUCUAUAAACCAUCACUUAACCAAACACAGGCGUAUUCAUACAGGAGAGAAGCCAUAUCAUUGCGAUGUCUGCGGUAGGUCGUUCUCUCGGAAUCAUCAUUUAAACGAACACAAAUUCGUUCACACAGGAGAGAAGCCAUAUCACUGUGAUAUCUGUGGUAAGUCCUUCUCCAGAACUAGGAACCUAACGACUCACAUACGUAUUCAUACAGGAGAGAAGCUAUUCGAUUGUGACAUCUGUGGUAAAUCGUUCACUUUGAAAAGUACUUUGACCAUUCACAUACGAAUUCAUACAGGAGAGAAGCCGUAUCAGUGUGACAUGUGUGGCAUAGCAUUCUCUGAAAGAAGUAGCUUAAGUGUUCACAAGCAAAUCCAUACAGGAGUUAAGCCAUAUCACUGUGAUAUCUGUGAUAAAUCCUUCUCUCGGCAUCAUUACUUAGCCGAACACAGUCGCACUCAUACAGGAGACAGGCCCUAUCACUGUGAUAUCUGUACUAAAUCCUUUUCUACGAGUAGCAACCUGAGCAAACACAGACGUAGUCAUACUGGAGAGAAACCCUACAAUUGUGAUAUCUGUGACAAAUCGUUUUCUACAAGCAGCAGCUUGAGUAAACACAUCCGCAUCCAUACGGGGGAGAAGCCCCAUAGCUGUGAUGUGUGUGGUAAGUGCUUCUCUCAGAAAGGUCACUUAACUGGACACAAACGCAUUCAUGCAGGAGAUAAACCAUAUCACUGUGAUAUCUGUGGCAAAUCCUUCUCUCACAGUCAGCAUUUGAUCAGACACAAACGCAUUCAUACAGACGCUAAACCAUACCACUGUGAUAUCUGUGGUAAAUCCUUCUCUCGGAAACAUACUUUGAUUGAACACAAACAAACCCAUACAGGGGAGAAGCCAUAUCGCUGUGAGGUCUGCAAUAAAGCCUUCUCUAGAAAUUUCCAUUUAACUGAACACAAAUACAUUCAUACAGGAGAGAAACCAUAUCACUGUGAUGUCUGCAGUAAAUCUUUUGUUCGAAAACGACAGCUGACUACACAUGAGUGCACCCUUGCAGCAGAACUCUUCGUGAAUAACCCUAAGUACUGCAAGGGCCUCAUGUACAUCAACUGGGUUCUCUUUAGCCUGAUGGUAAAAAAAAGUGGACAUUGGGGAGGUUUUGGGGGUAGUCCAACAACAGUUUUCAUUGCAAAAGGCCAGAGAGCUCUCACCCAGAUCUGUGGGACCUACACCAAUCCACAAUUCCAUCCUGGUAACUACUUGGCAGAGGUGGGCAUCAGAAGAGUCCCUUAUUCACUCUACGGCCCAGAACUUGUUCCCUGUGACUUUUGGUUGUUCCUCAAGAUGAAGGGGGCUAAACCAUAUUCCUGUAAUAUCUGUGGUAAAUCAUUCCCUCGUAGCAGUGCGUUAACUCGUCACAAGCGUAUUCAUACAGGAGAGAAGCCGUAUCACUGUGAUAUCUGUGGUAAAUCAUUUUCUCAGAGUAAUGCUUUAACUAGUCACAAGUAUAUUCAUACAGGAGAGACACCAUUUCACUGUGAUAUCUGUGGUAAAUCAUUCUCUCAAAGUGGCAACUUAACUGCUCACAAACGCUUCCAUACCAGAGAGAAGCCAUACCACUGUGAUAUCUGUGGUAAAUUGUUUUCUGCAGGUACUACCUUGAUUGUACACAAACGUAUUCAUACUGGAGAGAAGCCCUAUCACUGUGAUGUCUGUGGUACAUCAUUCUCUGUCAGUAGUACCCUAACUACUCAUAUGCGUACCCAUACAGGAGAGAAGUCUGACCAAAUUGAUUUAAAUCGUCAAAAACAUGUACAUACAGGAGAAAAGCCAUAUCAGUGUGACAUCUGUAGUAAAUCAUUCUCUGGCCAAAAUACUUUAAAUUCUCACAAAUGUACUCAUACAGGAGAUAAACCAUAUUCUUGUAAUAUCUGUGGUAAAUCAUUCCCUCGCAACUCUGCUUUGACCGAUCAUAAACGUAUUCAUACAGGAGAGAAACCGUAUCAAUGCAACAUCUGUAACAAAUCUUUCUCUAUCAGUAGUAACCUAACUACACAUAAACGUCUUCAUACAGGAGAAAAGCCAUAUCACUGUGAUAUCUGUGGUCUAUCAUUUACUCAGAGUAGCGCUUUAACUAGUCACAAGCAUACUCAUACAGGAGAGACACCAUAUUAUUGUGAUAUCUGUGGUAAAUCAUUCUCUCGCAGUGGCAGCUUAACUUCUCACAAACGUUUCCAUACAGGAGAGAAACCGUAUCGAUGUGAUAUCUGUGGUAAAUUAUUCUCUGCAAACACUUCUUUGAUUGUACACAAACGUAUUCAUACAGGAGAGAAGCCAUAUCACUGUAAUGUCUGUAACAAAUCUUUCUCUAUCAGUAGUAACCUAACUACUCAUAUACGUACUCAUACAGGAGAGAAACCAUAUCGCUGUGAUAUCUGUGGUAUAUCAUUUUUUCAGAGUAGUGCUUUAACUAGUCACAAGCAUAUUCAUACAGGAGAGACACCGUAUUAUUGUGAUAUCUGUGGUAAAUCUUUCUCUCAAAGUAGCAACUUAGUUGCUCAUAAACGCUUCCAUACUGGAGAGAGGCCAUAUCAUUGUGAUAUCUGUGGUAAAAUGUUUUCUGCAGGUACUUCCUUGAUUGUACACAAACGUAUUCAUACAGGAGAGAAGCCAUAUCACUGUGGCAUCUGUAACAAAUCUUUCUCUGCCAGUAGUAACCUAAUUACCCAUAAACGUAUUCAUACAGGAGAGACACCAAAUUAUUGUGACUAGUAGAAAAACUACCCAAAGGGUGGUUUUCUGCUAGAGUAUGUAUUGUGCAUAUUGGUCAGUAUGCAUGCUCGAUAGAGCGUUAGUACCCUGAGAGAAAUGUUGGACCUAAGGAGCAUCAGUUGUGGUGUGCAAGAGAGACGAUUGCACUGGUAUGGUCAUGUGGCGAGAAUGGAUGAAGAUAGGUGUGUGAAAAA